ACGGGCUGGAGGUGGGGAGCAGCCAGCUGCGGCCGGCCCCGGGGAGGAGCGGGCAGGGGUGCCGGAGAAGCAGCAGAAGGGCCUGCCCGUGGAGGCCACCAGCCGUGCCCCUGAGGGGCUUUCGUCACCACGCUGCCGCCUGGAGGCCUCACCUCUGGAAGACGGUGAUGGGCGGGCCCGAGCAGCCAGUAGAGGCUCGGCCUCCCCCGCCUGCUCCCCCCGGAGGUGACCCUGCUGCUGCCCCAACGGCGGCUGGGGGCGACCGAGGCGGCGCAUAUGCCCCCAACCAGCCCCGAGCGCAGGCCUGGAACCAGAGCAUCGCUGAGCUGCUCUGCGGCCUGGCGCUGCCGCUCUCCUUUGUCUCGUCCCCGCCCUUCAGGAGGUUCCUGGCCCAGUGGAUCCUUGCUGCCGCCUGCUCUCGCCGGCCUUCUGCUCCCGUAAAGCCCAGCCUCUGCUCCACGAGGCGAUGGGCGAGCAGGUGCGGCAGGAGAUGCGGCGGGCCGAGGGCAGCCGCGUGCACCUCACCGUUUCCGUGGCAGCCCGGGACGGGGACGUGGACUUUGCGGCCGUCACUGCCCACUGGGGGGUGACGCAGCCAGGUGGCCGGUAGGUGGCAUCAGGGAGCGCGAGGAAGCAGGCCGUGCUCUGGGUGCGAGGCCUGCCCCUGGACAGGGCUGCGGGGGACGGGCUGCGGGAGCUGCAGGAGCAGCUCAGCCGGUGGCUCGGCCACGGCUCCCUGCGGCCCGGCUUCCUGGUGUCGGGCGGCUGCCCCGUCCUGGAGCAGGUGGUGAGGACACAGGGCUACACCCACAUCCCUUGCUUCGCCCACUACCUCGACUCCCUGGUGAGAAACUCUCUGUGUGGCCACCACAGCGUCCAGAUCAUCCCGGGCACGCCCAGGGCCAUCUGCAGCCACUUCCAAGGCUCUGCUGAGGCCCGGAAGCACCUCUCGCAGCUGCAGCGGCAGUACGGCCUCCCGGCCCAGCAGCCCUUCUGGGGGCUCUCGGACCACUGGGUGUCUGCCUACCGCUUGCUGGAGUGGCUGGUGGAGCGGCGGCGGCUGCUGCAGGAGUACGAGGAGAAACAGCAGCUGGGGAAGGCGGGGGCAGCCCUGUCGGCCGUGUGCUGGAGCCUGACAGACAGUCUGGUCAAGCUCCUGCAGCCCUUCCGGGUGGUGGUCCAGGAGGCGAGCAGCUCACAGGCCACGUUAAGCCUGGUGCUGCCCCAGCUGUGCUACCUGCACAUCUUCCUGCGGCAGGUUUGGGGGCACUUUGAGGAGCAGAGCGCCGGGGAGAUGGGCGCGGCUGUGUGGCUGGCCGAGGGCCUGGCCCUGCCGCUCUCCACAGACUGCCAGCUCACUGAGCUCUUCCACCGCGAGGAGUCCGUGCUAGCGACCCUGCUGGAGCCCCGCUUCAAGGGCAGCCUUAAGGCCAUCCUCCCCGAGGGGGCCGACAUCGACCACUGGAAGCAAGUUCUCGUGUAAGAGGUGAAGGAGCUCCUGAUGUCCGAGGACUCCUUGCUGCCCGCCCCCCCGCAGGGCCCCGCGGCUGUGCGUGUGGAUGCCACCCAGAGUAGCAGAGCUGUCAGGGGCCCCGGGGCUGAAGGCCAGGGCCCAGAGGAGCCCGUGCAGAGAAGCAGAACCGCUGGGGCCUUGCUGCUGGGCCAGAGGGAGAAGAGCCUGCUGGAGCAGCUGGAGAGCAUGGGGCUGCUGGCCUCCGCGAGGAGCGGCGCCUUCCUCUCCACCGAGAGCCACCUGGCCAGCGUCGUCGUCAGGAAGUACCUCUGGCAGAACGAGACCGUGGGUGCCCAGGAGGACCCCCUGGCCUACUGGGAGAGGCGGCAGGACACCUGGUCGGCCCUGGCGAGGCUGGCCACCAUCUAUCUGUCCUGCCCGUCCACGGGCGCCUUCGCUGCAAGUGUCUGAAUCCCGGGGCAGCCCUGCCGUCGUGGAGCGCGACUCCCCUCUCCCGAUGGAGACGGUGAUGCGUCUCCUCUUCUUGAAGACCAACCUGGAGCGUUUCCCCAGCUACGCUCCCCCGCCCCUCAUCUUCCCCAGUGGAGACCUGGCCGAGGGGGUGCAGACCGGGACCUGCUGGCCCUGGAGCGGGGGUAUUAGAGACAGGCGUCCAGCCCGGGCCCAGGCUGAGUGGACGGGGCAUCCUUUGGGGUGAGCAGCCUGCUGACUGCCCGUGGCACCUGCAUCACUGUGACGGAGCUGCUGGGGCCCCAGCCACCUGGACCCACUUCGUCUCAUGGAGCCUCGAGGUGAGAAGCCAGGAGAGGCCGAUGGGGUGCGCGUCACCCCCCAGCUGCUCAAGGCGCGCUCCGGUGAGUUUGCCUUGGAGUCCAUCCUGCUGCUGAAGCUGCGGGGCCUGGGGCUGGUGGACCUGGGCUGCCUGGGGGCGUGCCUGGGCCUUGAGUGGCUGGACCUGUCGGGCAACGCGCUCACCCAGCUGGGCCCGCUGGCCUCUUUGCGCCAGCUGGCCGUGCUCAACGUGGCCAACAACCGGCUGACGGGGCUGGAGCCCCUGGCCGCCUGCGAGAACCUGCAGAGUCUCAACGCCGCAGGCAACCUGCUGGCCAGCCCCGGGCAGCUGCAGUGUCUGGUGGGGCUGCGGGGCCUCGAGCGCCUGCGGCUCCGCGACCCCUUGGCCCGGCUCAGCAACCCGCUCUGCGCCAGCCCCUCCUACUGGGGCUCCGUCCGGGAGCUGCUGCCGGGCCUGAAGGUCAUCGAUGGUGAGCGCGUGAGCGGGUGCGGCAGUGACUUCUACCAGCUGUGCCGGGACCUGGACAGCUCCUUGCACCCCAGCUCCGGUCCCAGCCCUCGAGCUGUGGAGGCCCAGCCCUGGGUGGAGCCCGGCUACUGGGAGUCCUGGCCCCCGCGCAGCAGCUCCAUCCUGGAGGAGGCCUGCCGCCAGUUCCAGGACACGCUGCAGGAAUGCCACGACCUGGACCUCCAGGCCAGGGACAGCCUGGCCCAGGCCGAGAAGGCGCUCAGCCCCGCAGGCGUCACCUCCUCCUUUGUGUUUUGAAUGCGCCCCGUGGCCCGUGGGGUUGGCAUUUUGUGGCCUCCCCACUUGUCUUCCCGGUUUCAUCACGCUGGUCUCUGGCCCUGCACACUGGGCCCUCCCUCUUGCUCCUCCCUCAAGGAAAAUUCCUCCCCCAUCCAUCAGGGACACGCCUCCCCCUGACCCUCCUCAAGCAGCUGGCACCGGUGUGAGGCUGUCCUGCACCUACGCCGCCCCCAGCCUCCUCAUGUCCACAGCUACUGCCACUCCUGGCUACAUAAGCCUGAGACUUAGUGGAAGAAAACUGGUCCUGAGGCUAAAGGUGAGAGGCAGGCAUGGUGAGCCUCCUGCCCAGCCCGUCCUGGGAGAGGACACUGCAGAGCUCGGAGCGUGACAGCUGCAUUUACCCACCUUCCACAUUCGUCUGUGCAAGUGACCCUCUGCUGUGCCCCCCGGUCCUGGGUCUCCCUGGAGCCUCCACUGCCCAUUCCUACCCACACUUACCCCUGUUAAAUACUCGUGUCUUAAUGUGCAUCACUGCCUGUUGUUGCACGUGAGUGUGCUUGGUUUUCCCUAG